AUAUUUCUGUACCUUCUUUUAUUCACUUAAUUUAACCUGGGACUCAUUCCCAAGUAACGCAUAACUAUUUUCUUAUUUUUAUGGCUGCACUGUAUUCCAUUGUGUGGAUAUAUCACAUCCAGCGAAUUCUCUAUUAAUGAACACUAUGGGUUAUUUCCAAACUUUUGUCAUGACAAGUAGCUCUGCAAUGAAUAAUUUUGUGUACAUGUUGUUUCCAUUUGUGGAGGUAUAUCUUCAGAGUAAGGGUUAGAAGUGGAAUUAUGAAGUAUAAAGAUAAAUGCGCAUAUAAUUUUGGUACUGCAUAGGCCUUGAAUCACUUUUGCCUUCCCACCAGGACACGUAAUUUCAAUGUGUAGUUCCACUGCAAGUGAAGUUAAGCAUUCUUUUAUGCUUAAGGACCACUGCUAUUUUCUUUCUUCUUUUUCUCUGAGAAUCAUCUGUCCGUGUCCUUCCCUAUUUUUCCCUUCGGAUUUUGGUCUUUUUCUUUUCAGUUUCCAAGAGUUCCUGCGAUAUAAGUCGCAAAUAUCUUCACAAUGAUCUGAUUUUCUGGAAAUAUAACAUGACUCCUUCCUCCAUCUGGAGUAUAUUUCUAUCUCAUCCAUAUAAAUUACCUCACUCCAGGACACUUUCUUUGGUGAUAAACAGUCUUGGUAGAGCUGGCUAAGGGCAGUCUAAUCAAAAGAAUGUACCUGGCCCCUCUAGUAAGGGUACAGAGACCGUUCCACGUGUACCAGGUCUGCCAUCGUUCUUACUCAAUGGUCCAGAUGGCGCGAAGUCAUGCUUAAGGGUAUAUACUCGACUUACAGAACUUAUUUUAUCUGGUUCAUUAAAACCUCACAGCGUUCGCUUUUCCCUCGUUUCUGAGUUAGGAGGUGCCCCCAAAGCUGCUGACACCGCCACAACCUUCAUCUGCUAGAGGCCAACGGCUCUUCUUUUUCGCCUGCAGAGAUGUCAAGACGAGAACCGAGCAGCCAGGAGGCUGCACUUCAAGACGAAAGAGAGGCCACAGAUUUCUAAGUUUUCAAAACGUACAAGAUGAGGUUCAGCUAAGCGUAAACUCACACGGCUCUCUGCCCACGGCCUGUCCCCAGAAGUUGCACCUGGUUCGCUACCGCGCGGAAGCACCAGGGAUGGGUACCGGGACCACAGAGCAGCCAAUCACACAACACCUUCGUUCAGAUCCCUCCGCCGGAGGCCGCACCGCAGCCGCAGGUGGCCCCGGCGAGCGCCUCCACCCGGCUGCCGCCUUCCCGUGAUGCCCCGCAUUGACCUCCGACCUCACCGACCCGUCCCUCCCAUCGGUCGCUUCCCUUGCUGCCUUCACCUAGGUUUUUGAGCCCCGGCGAUCGCCGGGCAAGGACUGAGUCGUGCUACGAGGAAGCAACUGCUUCGUUACUCCUCGAGACCCGGACCGGGCUAGGCCUGCGGCCGCCUUCUCCUCAUCUUCCCUCCCUGGCGGGGUCCGACGGCGGGCGGGUGACGGAGGCUGCACCCGGGAAGCGACUCCUCGGAUUCAAGAUGACCAACGAAGAACCUCUUCCCAAAAAGGUUCGACUGAGUGAAACAGACUUCAAAGUUAUGGCACGAGAUGAAUUAAUUCUAAGAUGGAAACAAUAUGAAGCAUAUGUACAAGCUUUGGAGGGCAAGUACACAGAUCUUAACUCUAAUGAUGUUACUGGCUUAAGAGAGUCUGAGGAAAAACUAAAGCAACAACAGCAGGAGUCUGCACGCAGGGAAAACAUCCUUGUAAUGCGGCUAGCAACCAAGGAACAAGAGAUGCAAGAGUGUACUACUCAAAUCCAGUACCUCAAGCAAGUCCAGCAGCCGAGCGUUGCCCAACUGAGAUCAACAAUGGUGGAUCCAGCGAUCAACUUGUUUUUCCUAAAAAUGAAAGGUGAACUGGAACAGACUAAAGACAAACUGGAACAAGCCCAAAAUGAACUGAGUGCCUGGAAGUUUACGCCUGAUAGCCAAACAGGCAAAAAGUUAAUGGCGAAGUGUCGAAUGCUUAUCCAGGAGAAUCAAGAACUUGGAAGGCAGCUGUCCCAGGGACGUAUUGCACAACUUGAAGCAGAGUUGGCUUUACAGAAGAAAUAUAGUGAGGAGCUUAAAAGCAGUCAGGAUGAACUGAAUGACUUCAUCAUUCAACUCGAUGAAGAAGUAGAGGGUAUGCAGAGUACCAUUCUAGUUCUUCAGCAACAGCUAAAGGAGACGCGCCAGCAGUUGGCUCAGUACCAACAGCAGCAGUCUCAAGCUUCAGCCCCAGGUACCAGCAGGACUACAUCUUCUGAACCUGUAGAACAGGCAGAGGCCACAAGUAAAGACUGCAGUCGUCUGUCAAAUGGACCAAGUAAUGGCAGCUCCUCUCGUCAGAGGACGUCUGGGUCUGGAUUUCACAGGGAGGGGAACACAACUGAAGAUGACUUUCCUUCUUCUCCAGGGAAUGGUAAUAAGGCCUCCAACAGCUCAGAGGAGAGAACUGGCAGAGGAGGUAGUAGUUACGUAAACCAACUCAGUGCGGGGUAUGAAAGUGUAGACUCUCCCACGGGCAGUGAAAACUCUCUCACACACCACUCAAAUGACACAGACUCCAAUCAUGACCCUCAAGAGGAGAAAGCAGUGAGUGGGAAAGGUAACCGAACUGUGGGUUCCCGCCAUGUUCAGAAUGGCUUGGACUCAAGUGUAAACGUACAGGGUUCAGUUUUGUAAUAUUUUUCCAGAAAAUUUUUAUACAGUGUCAUUUAAUUUGGGAGAGGAUACUGUCCAGAGAAUUAAUGCAUACUUUUGUCACAAUUUGCCUUUUUGUGGUGUGUGUUUUUGGUUUUUUGUUUGGUUUUGUUUGGGUUUUUGUUUUGUUUUGUUUUCUGCUUUGAUACCUCUACCACUUUGGAAAUUGUAACAGUUAAUUACUUUGGAUGUUGCUAAAAGGACAUUUUUGUGUAGGGUCAAGUUAUUUUUAUAUGAGUUAAUGUGAACUUGUAAAUGGAAAUCUUUCCUUAAAGUAUAACAUAAUGACGUCUAUAUAAAUCUGUGUCUAUCUAGAGCCUGUGCUGUGUAAGGGCAUUCUUAACUCAUGCUGUUAUUAUACUUAUGCACCAUUCAGACUUGUUAGAGUAGAUGUGGGUUUAUGACUGCCAAGAUUGCCCAGUGCAGUAGUUUUUAUCACUAAAAGUUGGACUUGUUGAUGGAGUCCUAAUAGUAGUUUCAGUGUUAGAUACAGUUUUUUCCACCAUACAUCUGUGCAUUUUCUCUUUAGGUGACUGAACGUUUAAGAAAUUUGUGUGCGUAGUUACUCAGUUUUUACGAACUGUUGUAUCCUGUUACUGCAUAUUGCUCUGUGACUCCAAUAUAUCUUACCUGUACUGACCAAACCUAAAUAAAGAUUUUUAUUGUAACUUAUUAGUUUUUUGUUUUGUUUUGAGUGUGUUUAGCAUUUGUAUUUAUUUUCAUUGAGGUGCUAAAUUUCUACUCAUUAUCCUUCAACAUACCACAAGGGUAAACUAAAGUAGAUACAUUGAUUCUGAUUGUGUACAUAAUUUUAAAAUUUCAUUCAUGCCUUGUUUUGCAAGAUGAAGUUGGAGUUUAGGACUACACUUUUUCCAAAUUUAAUAAAAAUAAUUGUUAUAAAAUAUUUGAAAAUGCAGAAAAGAAUAGUCACCUAAGUUUUCGUAAGGAUCGAAUUGAAAAGCAGAGUUCAUUUUCGUGACCUGAUUUUGGGUAAUUGGGGUAUUAUGUCAUCAGUAAUGGUUGCUUUAAAACAUUGGCCGGUACUACUGAUUUUUAUUAACAUAUCUGCUAAUAUUAAAUCAGUAAGCCUAGGGGGUGUUAGAAUGUAGGAGAAAAUCUUUUUAAGGUAUAAGACUGACUGUCAAAGUUUGCUCCAUUUUCUCUGACAUAAUUAAAUAUUAAAUGUCAAGUUCUAUGUUAUUGUAUGGUUUUAGAUUCUAUAGCUUUUCAUGUGUGGUUGAGAGGAAACAUGUCAUUUCUGCUAAAAGCAAAAUAGUUGUUUUAGACAUUAUAUUACAAGGAAUGUUUAUAUUGCCAAGGAACCUCAGAAGUGGAGUUAUUUGUAAGACUUGAAACUGAGGUACAAUUUAUUUGAAAAUAACUGCUGUGUUUCUGCUUGUUUAGCUGACAUACACAUAUAUCUGUGGUCUUCAGUGGUAUAUGAAAAAUUCUGCACCGUCCUAUGAUUAACCUUUUGUGCAGUCUGCUGGUGAAUAAAUUCUUCACAAUUUUAAAUUACAUAUGAUAAACAUUUUGGCAUGUACUAAAAUAUCCCCUUGAUUUAUUAAAUGCUGUGGACUUUG